ACUCGUGCUUCACGCGUCGCGCACACCCUCCGGGCCGCCAGGUCGGUCGGGUCGCCAACCCAAAUCCCAAUCCACCGCCCCCCUCGGUCCUCGGCGGCACCACACUGCACCUGCGCCGCCCUCCGCCGCCGCCUCCCGGACUCUCGCACUCUCAACAACAACUCAUCCCCGCCGAGCAACGCCAAUGCUCCGGCUGCUACACGCUACAGCCGCCGCCACCGCUAGCUAGGCCCGGCUCCGGCUCCUCCCCUCCCCUCCCCAAUGAUGGACCCGGCCACGCCCGUCCUCGCGCUAUCCAAGGCCGUCCUCUCCUCCCGCACCAAGCCCUUCCUCCUCCGCCGCGGCCGCCUCCUCGCCCCGCUCCGCCGCCGCUCCCCCUUCGUCGCCUGCGCGUCCGGCCCCUCCUCGGCCUCCGCGCCGCGCGGCCUCGCUGUGCCGAACGACCUCCUCCUCAUCUCGCUCGCGCGGCUCGCGCUCCGCGGCCCUGGCCCCCCCGGGGCGCCGCCUCGGCGGUGGUUCGCGAGCGUCUCGGCUGCCUCGCCGCUCGCGUCGGGUGGUCCGCCCCGCGGCGGCGGUGGCGGUCCGGGGAACGGUGAUGGUGACGGCGGUGGCCGUGGCGGCGGCGACGGCUGGAAGCGCCCGCGUGCUUCGCAGGGAGCGGGCGUGGUGGAGGAAGCGGCAGCGCAGGGAGCCGAUGUCAUCGUGCUUGACGUUGGGGGAAUGUCAUGUGGUGGAUGUGCAGCAAGUGUUAAACGCAUUCUGGAGAGUGAGCCCCAGGUGCGGUCAGCGACUGUUAACCUUGCCACUGAGAUGGCAGUCGUCUGGGCAGUGCCCAAAGAUAGUGAAGUUCAGGACUGGAAGGAGCAGUUGGGUGAGAAACUUGCCAAUCAGUUGACAACAUGUGGUUAUAAAUCCAAUCUUCGAGAUUCUUCAAAGGUCAGUUCACAAACAGUUUUUGAAAGAAAGAUGCAAGACAAACUUGAACAGCUGAAACAAAGUGGUAGAGAACUUGCUGUUUCAUGGGCAUUAUGUACGGUUUGCCUUCUGGGACACAUUUCUCACCUUUUGGGAGUUAAUGUGCCAUUGAUGCACCUCAUUCAUUCCACUGGAUUUCAUCUGUCUCUGUCAAUAUUUACAUUUGUUGGUCCUGGUCGAAGACUAAUACUUGACGGGCUAAAGAGUCUGUUCAAGGGGUCACCAAACAUGAAUACACUGGUUGGUUUAGGUGCUUUGUCAUCGUUUGCCGUCAGCUCAAUUGCAGCCUUCAUUCCGAAGCUGGGGUGGAAGACAUUUUUUGAGGAACCAGUUAUGUUGAUAGCUUUUGUUCUUCUAGGGAAGAAUCUGGAGCAGAGGGCAAAGCUUAAAGCUACCAGCGAUAUGACUGGACUGCUUAGUAUUCUUCCAUCUAAAGCACGCCUAAUGGUGGAUAACGAUGCUGAGAAAUCAUCAUUGAUUGAGGUCCCAUGUGAUACUCUUGCUGUCGGGGACUAUGUUGUUGUGCUACCUGGGGAUCGCAUCCCAGCAGAUGGUAUUGUCAAAGCUGGAAGGAGUACAGUUGAUGAAUCAAGUUUGACAGGUGAACCUAUGCCUGUAACAAAGAUAGCAGGGGCAGAAGUAUCAGCAGGAAGUAUUAACUUAAAUGGUAAACUCACAGUCGAAGUUAGGAGACCUGGUGGUGAGACUGUCAUGUCUGACAUACUUCACUUAGUUGAAGAAGCCCAGACAAGGGCGGCCCCUGUUCAACGAUUGGCUGACAAGGUUGCAGGGAACUUUACAUAUGGAGUCAUGGCACUUUCUGCUGCUACUUACAUGUUCUGGAGUCUUUUGGGUUCACAACUUGUACCUGCUGCUAUCCAACAUGGAGGUGCAAUGUCUUUGGCAUUGCAACUUUCUUGCAGUGUUCUGGUAAUUGCUUGCCCUUGUGCUCUUGGGCUUGCCACACCCACUGCUGUACUGGUUGGUACUUCAUUAGGUGCAACGAGAGGACUUCUUUUACGUGGUGGGGAUGUUUUGGAGAAGUUCUCUGAUGUUGAUGCCAUUGUGUUUGACAAGACUGGAACUUUAACAAUUGGUAGACCUGUGGUAACUAAAGUAAUAGCUUCCAGAGGCAUGGGAGAUGCAAAUACAAAGGAUUUGGGGGCCAACCAGUGGACAGAGGCUGAAAUUCUGAGUUUUGCUGCUGGAGUGGAAUCAAAUACAAACCACCCACUUGGAAAAGCCAUCAUGGAUGCUGCAGGGUCUGCCAACUGCAUCGUUAUGAAGGCAAAUGAUGGAUCCUUCAUGGAAGAACCAGGAUCUGGUGCUGUGGCUACUGUCGGUGAGAAACAGGUUUCUGUUGGAACAUUAGAUUGGAUUAGAAGGCACGGGGUCAUUCACAAUCCCUUCCCUGAAGCAGAACACUUUGGCCAGUCUGUUGCAUAUGUAGCAGUGAAUGGUGCUUUGGCUGGUCUUAUUUGUUUUGAGGAUAAACUCAGGGAAGAUUCUCGUCAAGUAAUAGACACUCUAUCUAAGCAAGGAAUUAAUGUAUAUAUGUUAUCUGGGGACAAGGAAAGUGCUGCUAUGAAUGUGGCUUCUGUUGUUGGUAUCCAGGCAGACAAGGUUCUUGCUGAAGUUAAACCACAUGAGAAAAAGAAGUUCAUAUCUGAACUUCAGAAAGAGCACAGGUUAGUCGCCAUGGUUGGUGACGGCAUUAAUGAUGCUGCAGCACUAGCUUCAGCUGAUGUUGGAAUUGCAAUGGGUGGAGGUGUUGGGGCAGCCAGUGAUGUAUCUUCAGUUGUACUUUUGGGCAACAGGUUAUCCCAGCUCGUUGAUGCUUUAGAGUUGAGUAAAGAGACCAUGAAGACGGUGAAGCAAAAUCUUUGGUGGGCUUUCCUGUAUAACAUUGUUGGACUCCCCAUUGCUGCUGGAGCAUUGCUUCCAGUUACGGGGACGAUACUGACACCAUCAAUAGCUGGAGCUCUAAUGGGUUUUAGUUCCGUCGGUGUGAUGGCCAACUCGCUGCUUUUGAGGGUGAGGCUGAGUUCAAGGCAAAAGCAAGCGAGCCAGGCUGACACCAGGCGAGGGCCACAUAAAGCCAUCUUUUGAUGGUCCAUCAGAAACUACUGAUGAGGUUGAGAAAAAUUACUCAUCGAAAUGGAGGAGUACCUGAGUAGUUCGAAUCUUAGACCAUGUUCGUUCAUUCAUUCAUGAUGAUUUGGACACGAUUUGGUAACAUGGGCCACUGAAAAGACCACCUCUGGGUGCCAAUGCCACGGUCCACGGAUUCCUCGAAAGUGUAUGCAUGGUUCGAUACUGUGUGAUCUAGCUUCACUAGCUGUCUAGUUCCCUUGGCCAUAGCUGGUAGUCGUCAGUUCAGUUGAACAAAACAAAACAUUGGCUGUAGGAUAGGAUAGAUGUGAUCAGCAUCUGUAGUUUCUGGUUUGAUACGUCUUCGUGGUGAUCCUCUCUCUCCUUGUUUGUUACUGGCCCCACUGUACAACCUUUUAUAUGUAACGGUUCUGCCUAGCUCUUUGUAGCUUGUUUUGUUCAUUUUUUCGCUCGGCCUCUUAUGCUACAAGUAGUGAUUGUUCUCAGCUAACAGCCUAUUUGUUUGACCUUACCAGCCGAAUUUAUCAAUUAUUUAACAGUGUUUUUUUUUACAAUAAAUCAGCAAAUAGUACUUUCUGUUA